AGCUCAGGAAACAGUUCGUGAUACACAAGAGUCUGGUGCUAGUGAAACCAGCGAGACGUUAGCUAUUUGUCGAACGAAAUGUUGUCAGUCGAAGUCGCGAUAGAUUUUAUACGCUUUAGUAAUGCAGGAAAAUGUCACGAAUGAAUAGGUAAAAUUUUUUGACAGAGAGAGAAGAAGGAGAGAGAAGUUGCAAGAAUAGUAAUUUGUCUGGUUAAAAACCCUGAACGGGAACGACGGCAGUCGAGCGGUGAAGAAGAAUAAGAAAAAAAAACGUACGACGUGGUAAAAUGGUGCACAUAAAUAAUUCCGGCAAAAACAAAGAGAUUCACAAUAAAUUUGGGGACAUGUCGCUGCUGCUUGCUUCAACUGUCGGUUCCUUGGGAGUUGCUGUCGGCUCCGUCGCUGUUUUAGAACCUGGAGAUAAGAUCAGCUUCAAACGCGGCGCCUGUCUGUCCGCUUUGGGAUUCAUAUUUUUUCUCUCCCUAUUCGACUUCCUCAAUCACAUGGCACUGAGAACCCGCACUGGUUCUCGCAUCAGGAAGAAGUACCAUUUGACGUCACCCGAUGUUUUAGAUAUAUCGAACAAAGUCGUCUCCGCAGUUCAAGCUGCGUUGAGUUGUGUAACGGGUUCUAUAGUCUGCAUGUGGUCUUGCACAAGAUCAUUCCUUCACGCGUCUCAUUUUAUGAGCGAAGCGUACGCUUGGUUCGGAGCUUCCUACUUCUUCUACGAUAUUUGGUCUAUGUAUCGAGUGCAUGCCAGUAUAUCAGAGCACAAAAAGGAGCAAAAAUCUGAUGCAGGUCACAUAGUAAACGUUCGACUUUAUCUCAAGGAACAACCAGUCAUUGUAAUGCAUCAUCUGUUCAUCGGCAGCUUUGGAUUUUUGAUCAUAGUUUAUUUACGCGGAGGUCUAGGUGACUGCGUCUUUGGCUUUGUUUAUCUCAUGGAACUCAGCACACCCUUUGUAUCCAUGCGAGGAAUACUAAGUAGACUUAAGAUGAAAUCCACUCAAUUAUACGUGACCAACGGACUGAUUAUGAUAGGGACCUUCUUCAUAUGCAGAGUUGCGAUGUUUCCAUAUCUUUGCUACUUGUACAGCGAACUGGUUGGUUUGCCUUACUUCGAGGCAAUAAUGGCUCUGCCUCGUGGCUGCAAGAUUAGCAUUGCGAUAUUAUUGCUGCCGCAGAUGUAUUGGUUCGUUUUAAUGGUAUUGGGAGCCAUAAAGGUUUUCAGACCAAAAACAAAUAAACAACAGAACGGCAAUGCUAGUUUGAACAGCAGCUGCGGUAAUAACAAGAGUAUAAAACGACUCAACGGUAAAUUGCACAGCUGAUCUAAAUGUAAGAUCAAGUUCCUCCGCUCGUGUUGAGUAAGUAAGUCACCUAAAUCAUGUUUUAGGCAAUUAAUACGUUAUUCGUACAUAGUCGGAAAGUAUUAGGCGAUGUUAUCGAUUUUUGUUUAAAUUAUUGUAAUAUUAACCCGGCUUUAUUGUUAUUAUUAUUAUUAUUAUCAUCAUCAUUAUUAUCAUCAUCUUUCAAUGUGAUAUGCAUGAUUCUUUUAUUGUAACCAAUAACUAACUGUAUUACUUGAUUUACAAUGGAUUCGAUUAGAAUUUAUUAGUCAUUUACAAGAAAUCACCCACCCUCAAUAAGCUUUAUAUAUUAAAUAACACGUAGUUAAAUAUCUGUCUUUAACGAACUUAAGAAACAAAUUUUCGAGGUAAACGAGAGAACAAAAAAAAAAAAUUGAUGAUUGUUGUCAUCUAUCUGGAGUAUACGUGUAUGUUAUUCUUGCAUCAAAGUGUAAAAUGUAUAUCCAUAAAAAAUACGGUUCAUACACACACGCUAUCUGUCUUCUAGUGGUAAUGUAUUUAGCUAUUGCUAAUUGAUAUGGUCAAUAAGUUUCUCAAGGCUUAUUUCUCAUCCUUGAUUUUAUACCUACUUCAUUUUCGUACCAACUAGUAACUGAAAUGAAUAUUUUUUUAAAUUGGUUCUAACGUAAUAGACUAAACUUUUUGUUCCUAUAUUGAGUUGCUAAAGAAUUUAAUAAGCGAUGUCACAUCGUCUUUUCAAUUUCUCAUGUUUACGAUAGAAAUAUUCAGCAGCAAAAGAACACAAGUCACGUAAGUUGUAUUUUUUUUAUUUUAUUUUUUUCUUAAUUAAUGUGUGCGUUGUCAUUUACCGCUUUCCAUGGCUACUUUGCCAUGUUUGAUAAUUUUACUCUGCUGUUGGAUCAGACAAAAUGUUAAAUUCAAUUUGAAUCCUUUUUACUUGUGCUGAGUUUUGAUCAAUGAUAUUUUGAUGCAAAGAAUCAUGUUUUCAAAUCAGUCUUUAAAUAUUGAAUAUCGUCUUGGUGUAACACUGAAGAACGUGGAAAAUAUGUCCACUCAAAGAUCUGUGAAAAUUUCGAUGAAUUUUGUCUGCUAAUAUCAUAUUCAUACGAAGAUUAGAUUUAUGUACUAUUUAUCUGGUUUAUUUUUCCAUCUCAAGAUACAAAUCUUAUGUCUUGUCUUGUGUUUUAUAUUUAAUUAGAAAACCUACAAUUCGAAAUUUCACUUUUCUCCAAGCCGGACUAAUUUUCUUAUUUCUAUGUUAAUAUAAUAUCCACUUAUAUGAUAUUAUAUAUUUAUUUAUUUUUUUGCGAAACUCAUUUUCGGAACGGAGGGAUUCCUAUAUUGUAUUCCGUAUAAUAUAUUUUUAAAAAAAGAGUGGUAGAAAGUGACUGAUAGAACUUUUAGAUAAGAGUUUACUGAGCGUCAUUGGUAUAAAAAAUUCGUCCCCGACGUAUUACAUAUUAUUAAAACUUGAUUAAUAUUUAUUUACACGUAUGAAAGCACAAAAUUGAUUACCGACAAUGUGUAGUCAGUCCACUGUGUGUAAAAAUUGAUAUUUUGUCAAUUGCUUGAAAAUUUUCCAUAGCUUUCUGGUGCCAUGCAGGAAAUAUACUUCUGGUACACAUUUAUUAUUAUUGUAUACAAAUGACAGUAUAAACUUCAAAUAAACAAAUUGAAUCAUGUAUUUGCAAAUUGUAAUUAAUACUGAAAUAUCGAGGAAAUGAAAAAUGUAAUAGUGAUUGGAUGAAUUAUUCACAAUGAUAUUUUCUUGUUCACAAUUUUUAUUAAUAAGCGUUCCUAUGUAACGAAGAGGUGUCGAAAUGUUAGCUGAGAUCAGGAAUCCAAAAUUUGGCAACAAUCGAUGUAAUACGCAUAAUUAAAUCUUCCAAGAGCUUGAAUUAAUUAAUGCCAAGAUUCUCUCAGUUCUUUGAAAUCUAAUUAAGGAGUAGGAUCUGAUGAGGCCUUCUUUUUCGCGCAUUACAACAUGUGAAAUAUACUGACAGCCGUGGUGAUACAGCACAAAUCAUAAUCCUAUAAUCUAUAUUUAAUGCAUAUAGCGCACAUUAAAAUUGCUUAGAAUAAUGCCAUGAUUUUGAAAUAUCUUUGGCCAACUUACAGAGUAGAGAAAUACCAAAUUCAAAUCAGAUGUGUAAUAUGUAAAGUGAAUCAAUUGACUGAGAUUAUAAAGCAUAUAGAGAGAUAUAAUGUACUAACAAUUUGAUAUUAUUUGAAUUAAAUAUUUAUCUCGAUUUAAUCUUGAUAUCCGAAACAUCCGUAUAUUUACUUAUUUAGUCGUUGUCUAGUCAUGCCAUUAUUAUUAUUAUUAUGAAACUGUGUGUAGUAUAAUAUAAUAAAUAUCUAAUUUAAGUACAUAACAAGCAUUGGAAUACGUACAUAGUUCUAUAUGCAUAUAAAUAAAAAACAAUAUAAUGUUUUGAAAUAAUCAUGUUAUAGCUAAUAAAUAGUAUAUGAAGUGUUGAAA